UGUCUAUACACACACACACACAAAACUAUCUGCUUCAAACAUAUUCACACCAAAACACACACACACACCCUCCAAACCCUUUUCACAUUAAUGGCUAUAUCUCCAAGAAAGCUUAGAAACGAUGUGUAUUCAUACACAUACCAAAAUGACUCAAACACCCCUUUGGUGAUCUCGGUUCUUGCUUCUUUAAUCGAACGAACAUUGGUUAGAAACGAAAGAACCGGUAGGAAAUGUGGUUCCACCAUGUCAAAAACCGGUUCAAAAAUUAGGGUUUUUGAUUGCUAUGAAAGACCGGACAUGAGUAUACUGUCGUAUCUUGAACGGAUUUUUAAGUACACGAAAGCUGGUCCGUCAGUGUAUGUGGUGGCGUACGUGUAUAUCGAUCGGUUUUGUCGAUCACAACCGGAGUUUAGGAUAACUGCAUGGAAUGUUCAUAGGCUUCUUAUUACAACUAUCAUGGUGGCUUCAAAAUAUGUUGAAGACAUGAACUACAGAAAUUCAUAUUUUGCAAGAGUUGGGGGAAUAACAACAAAAGAAAUGAACAAGUUGGAGCUUGAUUUUCUAUUCUUAAUGAAUUUCAAAAUGCAUGUAAAUGUGAGUGUUUUUGAGAGCUAUUGUUGUCAUUUAGAGAGAGAAGUGAGCAUAGGAGGUGGUUACCACAUUGAGAAGACGUUACGCUGCGCUGAAGAACUUAAAUUUCUACAAGUAGAUGAGAGAGGAUAUAAUCAAAUUGCCUGACUUACUUUGUAAAUUAGUUUUUUUUCACCUUACACACUUUUUUAGUAUAUAUGUAACAUGAUACCUUUAUUAGUAUA